GCGAAUGUGUAAUAUUUAGACUUGAGACAAAGAAAUAUAAAAAAAAUCGAUUCAUUGAAAAUGGAGACCCCGAACUGUGAUAUAGGGACAGCGGUUUCAUAAUGAAGAAUUGUCAUCUGUGGAUUUCAUAGGAUUUCUUUAGAAUUUGUGUAAAACUACGCCAUUUGAAAUCUCAAAAUGUACUUGAUUACUUUCGCAACUGCUUUUAUAUCACUGUUUGGAUACACAGGUUCAUCGUGUACGUUUCCUACCGAACUCACCGGGGAUUGGAUCAGCUCUCACAAGGGGGAGAUAACCUUCUCGAAUGAAAGUACUCAUGUCUAUAAUUACCCCAUGUACAUGUCCGCUACAGUGAACGCCCUCAACUUUAGCUGUGACCAGCAAUCAGGACGGAAGUAUUUACUUAAGUCAGUCGGUGCUGUGGAAGCGUUCAGCUCGUACAUAGAUGCCUACGUCUGCAUAGAGCUUUACAGAGUGUCUGCUUACAAGUUCUACUACUACAUAGGAACAGCCGAGAGCAGUACGAACAGCGACUACGUAUAUGGAAGGGUGAACGGAACGGUCGUGGAUAUCACAGAAGCGUGCAACAGAGCGGAGCCGUAUGAAGACAGCACUUUCGUUACACUUGUUAAAUCAGGCGCUGUCGAUAGCGGGAAGGCUGAUGCCACAUGCCCGGAUGAUCUUUUGGCUAGUUACACGAACAUUACUUACACAGAUCAUGCUGGGGCAUCAGCUUGCUCCGGAAAUUCUGAAAACGGAUGCUCAAACAAGGUCCUGAUGACUUAUACUUAUGAGAGUUGUACUUCUGGGAGCGUAUUUUCAGCUAACGGGUCGUUCCAUUGCAUCCACUCACUGACAAGUGGGUCGACAACAUACCUGUCAGUGUGGAACGAUGACGUCACAGUGGAUGACUCAUCCACUUAUAGAUUCACCUGUCUGGCUUUCAAAAAGGAAGGAACCACCAUCUAUGCAACAGAAUAUCCCCGGUUCUGUAAGGAUACAACACAGAGCAGUACGACUGUAGCCUCUCCGGGAAUAGUGGUGGUGUUUGAGUCAAGGUCCACCACAUGUGUAUUGACAGAGACAGCCAUAUCAAGCGGAUGGUGGAUCGCUUUGAUAGUCAUUCUAGUACUGGUCGUGGUAGGGGGUGUUCUAGUUGGCGUUAUCUUAAUGAAGAAACACAAGAACAAAAUCAACAUGCUUGCUAGCUAUCAAUUCACUUCCAACAUGGAAAUCAAAAGUCGAGAACAGGAUACCUCCAAACCAGAUGUGAACUCGUCCGAAUAAGCUAAAAUACCUACCAAGGUCGGAAAAUGACCAUCAGUCUCAUCUACAGCAAAAUGGCUCACUUGCAGAUAAGAUGGAGAGGAAGGGACAGAACCAGAGGAAUUUUGUUGUUUUAACAUCAAAUAGUAUUUCCUAAUUAAUUUGCUUGACAUUCUGAUUGAUCGAUGUAAUAUUCAAAUUUGCAUUUUUAAUACCGGAUAUUAUAUAUAUAUUAUUGAAUGAAAUUUGAAUAUUGUUUAAGCGAUGUAGUUAUGGAUGACAAACUGAAAACAAGCUUUUUCACAAUGGAAUGAUACGUGGCAUUAUACCGGAGCAAAGUAUCUGCCAUAUUGAGUCUGUGAAGUGUUUCGAGGAGAGAUCAAAGAAGUACAUGAGAUGAUGUACUUCACAUUAAAUAUAUAUCCCCCAUAAAGCUUAUGGUAUCAUUGAUAUGAUAGAAAAAUCCUUGUUUACUUUAUAUGAUGUAUAUAAACCAUUUUUAAUUCUAAUGCAUCUUGUUAAGUCAUUUUAUCACACGAAGUAGCAUAUACUCUUACUAAACUUCUUCAGCUUUGAAUAUCGUUUUGACUGUAUCGUAUUUACACUUAUUUUCAUUCAUAUCUGAUGCAAAAUUUAUCAAUUCCAGCCCAUCAACUAUUAUUGUUAUGUAUGCUAGUUAUUUCAAACUCUUAAAUAAUCGCUGAUGCGAUGACAUUUUACCUUAAACAUAUUCAUAUCUGGAUUGUGUUGAGAAAGCUACUAUACUCUUGAAGAUUGUAAUUUAUAACCAAUCAUGUUAGAUAAUUCUCACAGAUAGCCUCCUCGCCGCAGUUCGAAGACUACAUUUAAUUUUGUAUUCUAUUUUUUCUUCAUUUAAAGUGUAUGCUGAAUUUGUACCGCUGUCUUUUGUUGUUUGAUGAAUUAAUAAAACAAAUCCUUUUUAAA